AGUAGGGGGCACUUCCAUGCAGCGAAUGGUGAAUCCUGCCUCAGAUGACAUCCGAGGGCCCACCUAGAUAUUGGGACCGUUUUUCCGGGGUCCAGUCAGUACGUGGCGGUCUACUUGUUGCGCCUGAAGGGUCAUCAAGUACUAAAUGUGACCCAUUAAUGAGCGUUCUUGCUAAUAGCGGGCUUGUGUAUCUGCACGUAAAAGGUUGAAUUUGCCAGAGUGCUGAGGAUAUCAGCCUGGGAAAUAGUACUGCAACGGCUAGCAGCUCACAGCUAAAUAGUUAGCAGCAUCCGGAUACAGCAGGUAUGUCUGAAGUUAGUGUCGAGGCCGAGGACCCUCGGGUGGAUUUUGAGGAGGUUGAGAAAGAGGGCUUGAGUGAGGAUAACACACACGAUAGCGGUGGGGGAAAGGACAGAGCCGAUGAGAUGUAUGAGGUUGACAUCAACAGUGAUGGGGAAAAUGCAGGAGUGAGGGGUUCUGGGGGUCAGGAGGACAAGGAUGCUCAGAAUGACAAGGUAGCGUCUGGGGGUGUAGGGAGUGGAGAACUAGAAGCAAAAGGACACCGAGAAACACCAGAGGAAAAUGGAGAUUCUCACUCUGAUGUAAAGGGGAGAACAAUGGCUGAGGGGCUGCACAGAGGCUCAGCUGCUGAAAUCCCAGUCACCAGCAAUGGAGACCUGGACCAGAGCCCUGACACAGUAUUCCACAGGGACUCUUACUCCAGUAGGCCAGCACCUCCUCCCACCAGCUUUGCCUCACCAGUAGAGGGCAUUGUUGAGUCUGGAUCAUACAAAGGGUCAGCAAGCCUGCCUUCAUCUCCUGUGUCACCUGUUGCUCCCAGCUCGGCUGUUGCCAGCCGCCUGGCACGUUCCUCCAGCGAUAGUCAGGCAGAGGAAGGAACUCAACCAAAUAGUGGACCUGUCGUCCUCUCGGAUGAUCUGAAGAACCCAGCCAUGGAAAAACUGGACCUCGUGAGAAAGUGGAGCAUCAACACGUAUAAAUGUACCAGACAGAUCCUGUCAGAGAAGCUGGGUCGAGGCUCAAGGACCGUAGACUUGGAGUUGGAGGCCCAGAUCGAACUUCUGCGCGACAACAAGAGAAAGUACCAGAACGUGAUCAAGCUCACGCAGACCCUGGCCAAUCAGCUGUCCCAGAUUAUUCAGACACAGAGGCAGCUGGGAGACGCAUUCGCUGACCUCAGCCUGAAGUCACCAGAGCUCCACGAGGAGUUUGGCUACAACGCUGACACCCAAAAGCUUUUGUCCAAAAAUGGAGAGACACUGCUGGGCGCCAUGAACUUCUUCAUCUCCAGUGUGAACACACUUGUGGAUAAAACCAUCGAAGAUACGAUGAUUAACAUCAAACAGUAUGAAACGGCCAGGGUGGAGUAUGAUGCGUACCGCACUGAUUUGGAGGAGCUGAAUCUGGGGCCGCGAGACGCCAACACUAUGCCAAAGAUUGAGCAAUCCCAGCAGCAGUUCCAGAUCCACCGGGAGAAGUACGAGAGGAUGAGAGCAGACGUGUCUGUGAAGCUGAAGUUCCUGGAGGAGAACAAGGUGAAGGUAUUGCAUAAUCAGCUCAUCCUGUUCCACAAUGCCAUAGCUGCAUACUAUGCUGGAAACCAGCAGCAACUGGAAGAGACACUCAAACAGUUUCACAUCAAGUUAAAAAUGCCCGGAGGGGAAAGUCCGUCUUGGUUGGAAGAGCACUAAACACUUUUUCUGAAACAUUGGAGGCUCAGUUUGACAUGAAACACCUGGUUAGAACUACAGGAACCUGCUUCUUUUGUAUUGUUGACGUUUUUCAAGCCUUCAAAGUUGUAAAUGUUCUAACUAGAUGCACAAACUAAAUGGAAAAAAAAAACACCUCCAUAUAGAUCACUCCUAUUAAAACUUCUCUCAUUCUUGUCAUAGUUUUGAAUCAUAAGAAAUGCACUUUUAUACUGUUGGGUGUCUUUCCAAUGAGUGUUGCUGCAGUAAAGACUUUUUACAUUCUGAAUGGCCUUUUGUAUUCAAGCAUAUGAAUGUCUGCUGCAUCCAGGCUGCUGCAGAAUCAAAGUAAAAAUUACUUCCAAAUCAUGCAUGUGAAUGUUUUUGGGGGAUAUAUAUAUAUAUAUAUAUAUAUAUAUAUAUAUAUAUAUAUAUAUAUAUAUUUUUUUUAAGAUUAAGGGUCAAAGAUCCGUUUGGUUGUGUGGGUUUAUCCUGUGUUCUGCAGGCACCUGACUCAAAAAACCUGGAAAUGCAAGAAAUCAAAGAGAAGCAGGUUCAGUCCACCAGCUGCAAUAAAAAAAGAUAAUAAAAUUCUCCUUUGUUUAAUAAAUAAUCAAAGUUCACACAAAGAGUUGCUUUACAGAAUAAAGGUUGUGUGACUUUGCGCAUAGUCGGGUUUUCUUAUUUUUAUCUGUUGGUGGUGAGUUUAAAUUGACCUUGCAAUCCGACUUAAGCCAAUUUAAUUCUUGCAAAACCAAAACAUAUCAGUUCCCUCCUCUAUCAUUUGCUUGUGCAUCCUUUUGAUGCACAAAUGAAAUGAGUAAAAGAGCUCAUUAUGAAACAAAAAAAAGAUACACCAGCCUUAUGGGACUAAAUGUGCCUUAGUUUGUCUGGUUUUUUUUUCCUCCCUAGUGCUAAUUAUUGUUUUUUCGGGUGUAACUCUUGGUGCAACCAAAUUUUUGAAAUGCUAAAAAGAAGCUCAGAUAAUUGUUUUGAAGGCAAGAUUUUUAUUGCAAAAAUGCACAUGAAUGCAUUUAAGACCUUGAACAGCUUGUAAAAACCUGUACAUGUAACACUAUUAAACCAAAAGGAACACCUUUCUUAUCAGCAUGAUUUUAUGUUUCUGAGUUGCUAACAGUUUACAUCCUGGGACUGCGUGAAAGUGUGAUUUGUCAUUUUCUUUUGUUCUCUAUAGCGGUUUGAGAGCAAAUCUUGUACACCAUUCCGUUGCUUUCUUAAAAUAGAUGAAUUAUACAUAAAUAUAUAUUUGUACUCUAUUUUAUUCCUCGAUUGACAAGUUAAGCCACUUGGUUUUAUUUUCCUGAAGAUUUGCAGGAUAUAAUUCUGGCACUUGGAUGUACCAGUGGAUGUUUUGUAACCAAGAUUCAUUAACAAAUGUUUGACUUAAAAGACUUCUGAAUGUUAUUUAACCCUUUUUGAGGGCUGAAAUAAAUAUUCUCUUUCUGUU